CCCGCGCUGCUAUAAAAGGGCCGGGCGCGGCGGAGCGGCGCAUCCCUCUCGCCCGCAGCCACAGCGGCAGGAGCAGCACCAGCAUCGCGGCGGGACAGCACCAGAUGGGCAUGGGGACGGCGCUGGCGGCGCGGCUCGGCCUGGGGCUCCUGCUCCUUGCCCUCCUCCUCCCCACGCAGAUCUACUGUGGAACAACUACCAAUGGAACAAGUCCAACACCUUCAAACAGUUCUUCAACAAGUUCCACUUCUCUGUCAGCUGUCACAAAUUCACUGAACAGUACCACCACUCACGGACAUGGAAAUUCUCUUCACUCAACCACAAGUCUUUUUUUCAUUCUCUCAGUUUCUCUUACGUAUUUUUGCUGUUAAGAGACUCUGGCAUGGAAAUGGCUACCACUCCCCACCCCGUUUCCUGAACCGCCUGAGAUGGCCAGAUCUCCAACCCAGCAUGAGAAGAAAUCAAUCCAAACUCCACAUCAAACCAGCCUGGUUCCACUCCAUACUCAAAUUAUUACCAGUCUGACCUAGAGAAACACUCAGUAUUCUGACUUUCAAAGCUGACCAGUGUGAAAAGAUCUGCUUCAGCAAGGAGGUAAAAUUAUGAGCUCUUUCACCAAAUGAGUUGGAAUCUGAAAAACAAGAUGGAAACAAAAAGAGACAGUACUGACAAACCAAAUUUAAAGCUGAGAAGAAAUAGAGUAUCUUAUAAUAAGGAUGGAUAAUAACGCUCCAUGAAGAAAAAAGGCUAGAGUGUUUAUCUACCAUUUAGAAUAAGGACUUCAAUAUUUUUUAUUUUUUUAAGUUCAAAAACAUCAACAGGCUCACAGAAUCCCUAGAAA